AAACUGGAAGAGACCCGAGAGGUGCAGAACCUGAGGAAGAGGCCCAAUGGGGUGAGGGCUGUGGCCCUGCUGGUGGGAGAGAAGGUACAAGAAGAGACCACUCCAGUGGACGAUCCCUUUCAGAUGAAGACAGGCGGUAUGGUGGACAUGAAGAAACUGAAGGAAAGGGGCAAAGAUAAGAUCAGCGAAGAAGAAGAAGACCUCCACCUGGGGACAUCGUUUUCUGCAGAAACCAACCACAGGGAUGAGGACACGGACAUGAUGAAGUACAUUGAGACAGAGCUAAAGAAGAGAACAGGGAUUGUGGAGCACGAGGAACAGAAAGUCAAGCCGAAGAAUGCGGAGGACCGUCUUUAUGACCUUCCAGAAAAUACCCGUGUCUCCUCAGCAAAGAAGACUGAGGAGGUGCUUUCCAACCAGCUGCUGAGCGGCAUCCCCGAGGUGGACCUGGGCACUGAUGCUAAAAUAAAAAAUAUCAUUUCCACGGAGGAUGCCAAGGCCCGUCCCCCGGCAGAGCAGCAGAACAAGAAAAAAGAUGGUGAGACAUCCUUUGUGCCCAUCAACAUGGCUGUGAAUUAUGUACAGCGCAACAGAUUUUAUCAUGAGGAGCUCAAUGCCCCAAUACGGAGAAACAAAGAAGAGCCCAAAGCCCGGCCCUUAAGAGUGGGUGACACAGAGAAGCCAGAACCUGAGAGGUCCCCUCCUAACCGCAAACAUCCUGCUAACGAGAAGGCCCCCACUGAUGACUACCACUAUGAGAAGUUCCAGAAGAUGAACAGGCGGUACUGA